AAAAUGAGCACAAGUCUUUCACACUCCCAUCCCAUUCGACGAUCUUUGACUUUAUUUAUCUCAUCGGGAAAAAAAGUCAAGUUUUGAUUAUCAGCUAGAAUCCAUGGCCGCCGCGGAAGGAGGAGUGAAGGUCCCGAGAAUGAAGCUGGGUUCACAGGGGCUGGAAGUGUCGGCCCAAGGCCUGGGCUGCAUGGGCAUGUCCGCCUUCUACGGCCCGCCCAAGCCGGACGCCGAUAUGAUCCGCCUCAUCCACCACGCCGUCAACUCCGGCGUCACCUUCCUCGACACCUCCGACAUGUAUGGCCCCCACACUAACGAGAUCCUUCUCGGGAAGGCAUUGAAAAGUGGAUUGAGAGAACAGGUUGAGUUGGCUACAAAAUUUGGAAUUAUUUACACUACUGAUGGAAAGAUGGAUACUUGUGGAGAGCCGGCCUAUGUGCGGGCUGCAUGUGAGGCCAGCUUGAAGCGGCUUGACGUCCAUUGCAUUGACCUCUACUAUCAACAUCGUAUUGAUACACGUUUGCCCAUUGAAGUCACCAUGGGAGAACUUAAGAAGCUAGUUGAAGAGGGUAAAAUAAAAUACAUAGGUCUAUCUGAGGCUUCAGCUUCGACUAUAAGAAGAGCACACAAUGUUCAUCCUAUAACAGCAGUGCAGUUGGAAUGGUCUUUAUGGUCAAGAGAUGUUGAGGAAGAUAUAAUUCCUACUUGCAGAGAACUCGGGAUUGGAAUUGUUGCAUACAGUCCUUUGGGACGAGGCUUUUUAUCAUCCGGUCCAAAGCAAUUUGAGGAUUUCCCAGAUGGGGACUUACGAAAGCAUCUACCAAGAUUUCAAGCAGAAAAUAUUGAGCACAACAAAAAGCUGUAUGAAAGGAUUGUUGAAAUUGCUGGAAAGAAAGGAUGCACUCCUGCACAGCUAGCAUUAGCCUGGGUGCACCACCAAGGAGAUGAUGUAUGCCCCAUUCCCGGUACCACUAAGAUUGAGAACUUUAACCAGAACAUUGGUGCAUUGAGUGUGAAGUUAGCAGCAGAAGACAUGAUUGAGCUUGAAAAAAUUGCUUCUGCCGGUGUGAUCAUGGGUGAUAGAUAUACGCCUGAUGUGGCAACAUGGAAACAAUCUGAUACUCCAUCAUUGUCUACAUGGAAAGCUGCAUAGCUGCUUCCAUACUAUGCACUGGUUUCUACUGUUUGCAUUUUAUAAUGUGUGAAAAUAUGUUGGAACCUGCUUUUGAAUAUUUCCUUUUGAGAAUAAGAACCUUUGAGGGGAAAAAUAAUACAAUGUUUUUCAUCUAUUUUAUUCACUAAUGAAAUACUACUCCAGCUAUUUGCUUGUUUGAA